GCAUCCAGCAGAAGCAAUAAGGACCACAGGAGCAGCUGCUACAGCCCAUGUUAUGGCAAAUGAAGUAAAAGUCAUCCUCUUGCCCCUGAAAGGGGGCCAUCCUCCUGCAGUCAAAGCAGGAGGAAUGAGAGUUUCCAAAAAACAAGAAAAUGCAGUUGUGGAGAGAAACGCCAAAAGAGGAGGACUAGAGAAGGCCAGCGCUCUCGCCAAUGUUGCUAAAAUGCAAAGUAUGGUUCUAUUGAAUGAUACUCUAGAGAAGAUCAGCCACAAAUUUCCAGCUGCAGUCCAAGUGGCUCAUCAGAAGCCGAGACCUGGCCUGGAAAAGACUGUCCCACCAAAAAGGAUCUAUAUCAUUCAACAGCCUCGAAAAUGCUGAGCUGUAAAGUAAAAUACAGACGUCUCUCUGACAGCAUGGAGCGUUUGUACCCAAAGCUCACAGGUAUCUCACCUAAAAAAAAAAGAACAAAAUUUUCCACAGAUUUAAACAUAUAUGUUUGGUAAAGAAAGUGGGGUUUUUUUUGGAAUUUCCCUUUUUACUUUGGACAACAAAGUAUUCGUGAAUGUAAAUCCAGUGCUUUUCUGUGUAUUUUGGCUUAUGUCAUAGUUUUGUACUCUAAUAAAACUUUUUCCCACUGUUAUCUUAUAA